AUGGAUAACAGUAAUAAAAUAGUGCCACCACAUUUAAAUGCUGAAGUUUAUCGAACUGAUACGACUGGAACAAGCACGCAAUCAUUUUUAGACUACAUCCGUAUACACAAUGAUGGAACAAUAUUGGUUGGUUGUUCAGAACUAACUGGAAGGUACUGGAAUGGUGGUGCUUAUAUUUUUGACAAGGCUAAAGAAGGUAAAAAUGUUAAUAGUGGAACGAAAAAAUGUAUUUACCUCACCAGCGGUACUGCUGAUGGGUGCUUUAUUGAGAGUUCCAAUAAGAUUUUAUUAUGUGAAGAUAGUGGAGCAGUUAGUAUAUGGAAUAACAAAGAUGAUGCAUGGAAACAAUGGAGUGAAGAACUGUCUGUAGCUGAACAUGAUGGUGGUGUGAUGGCAGUGGACUGUCUUAGUCCUGGCAAAGAAUAUGUCACUGUAGGAGCAGAUGGCAAUGUGAAGGUUUGGGAUAUUAUUGAUCUGAUUUGCAUGAGGAACUAUAUAGCAGCACACAAUCGGUCAAUUUAUGCUGUUUCAACACGGCCGUCUUCACUUACAAGCUUUGCUACAGGUUCCUUAGACUAUUAUGUAACACUCUGGGAUGAAAAUGUUGCAAACCCUGUAUUAGAACUUUCAAAAUCUACGUUUUUGGAGUCUUUUACACCCAGAAACAUCACAAGUGGUUUUUCGAAGCCAGAUAUUUGGCCAUUUAAUAGACCUGUAUUCGGGGAUUUCAUUGAGAGAUCUCAAGAGAAAGAAAAUGAUCAAGUAUUAGAGAGACAGGAAGUAGAUUUUAUAGAACCGGAAACAGGUCAAAACGAUGAAAACUGCAACAGAGACAAAACGCAAACAGACCUUUUAGAUACAUCUGGAAAUAUUGUUCAAAUACCUCUCAACAUUUCACCGCUUCCAAAGGUAUGA